GUUGUAUAAUGGUUCUAGGCUUUAAAAUUGAUUAAAUCACCAAUGAUCUAUUUAAGAUCUGGUGUAUUUCUCAAAACAUUCCGGUUUGUAGGAUUAUAUUUAAUUAUAAGUGUCUCACUGUAAUCAUGCCUUACCUGUGAAUAGAUGUCUCUGUCAACAUAUGUUUAAUUUCUCAGGUUACUUCAACUAUGAAGGAGAGAAAAAAGACAAAUGUGUUUUUGUUUUGUGAGAAGAAGCGGCAUAAAAAUCUUACACUCUUCUCGUCUAUUUGUUUUUGUAUGCAUGUAGAGACCAAAGAAGGUACCUAGGGUUGUGCAUUAAUUUUGAUAUAACAUUUAGCACAGUAGUAUGCAUAUUGCUAAUGUAUCCUUUGCGCCCUCUAGCGGUGGCAGUGGAAAUUGUUGGCAGGGAACAACAACAAACAUGGCGGAUUGGAUUUGAUACAGUAUAAACCGGAGACACUCAGAUCAGCACCGGAGCAGACCAGCCCAAGAGACAAUGCGCUCAUAGAGGAAUGAUCAUCAGGCCUAAACUCCACCGCCUUCCUGCAGACAUGUGACACGAAGCGUGCCACAUGUGCAGUGAGCAUGUGACUCAGUAAUCUGCAGUCUGGGGGCAGUUUCCCAUGAUGCUUUGCUGCAGAGAGCUUCACGCAUCAAUGCACAGCACAGCAUUGUACACUGUAGGCUUGUAGAUUUCUAGUUAUCGGAUAUGAUGAGUCUCGUUUGUGAGCACUGUGACCCAGGUUAUUACUUGUUGUACUGUUUGUGGAUAGAUAAAGCAUGUUAUUAAGAGGGUGAUACUUAUGAUUAGAGUGAAUAUAAAAUUAUGGCAUACUUAUAGUUAUACAGUGACUCUAUUUGCACUUUACAUAGGUCUAUGUCAAGCUUGAAUAUUUUGUCCAACUGUUUGGGUGGGAUGAAAAUACAUUAAAUGAUCUUUUUUUCCGUGGUGUUUCAGGACGCAAAGUCGAUUCAUUACAUAUAUACAAAUAUGAAUGAAUACGGUUCAUUCUAGAGAACAAAAAAUUUUAAUAGAGGACAAGAAAUGUACUAAAUACGUUCAAAACACGUUCUUAUGACUAACAGUAUGCAUGAAUAGGGAUUUUGACACUAUUACCAGUAGAGACCCAUAGGGACUACUAUAGUUUCCAUUAAAACCAAUGCAAUUCCCAUUAUAACAAUUAAAACUAUUACAAACUGUAUGAGGAUUCUUUUUGUUUGUUUGUUUUUGUUUGUUUGUUUGUUUCAACAGGGUCAAUUAAGAUGCCUUAAGCUUAGUGAUAUGUUUUAUUGUAGGACUUUUGAUUUCACAUUUUGCAUUGUUUUCCAAAGUAAAAUACUGAUCUCUUUGGAGUCGUCUCAUAAUUCCCAACUCCAGAGUUUUGAGAAUCAUCUCUUCUGGAUUGACUCUUAACCAUUACUCAAAUUACUUUACUCUCCUACACGUGAUUGCUUGUAUUAAAAAAACAAAAAAACAAAAAACAAUGCUAGGCCUUCUUGAGGACAACAUUUCUUGUUACAGAUGAUUCUCAACUCAAUAUUAAGUCCAACAGUGUGCAAAUGAGUAGGCAAGUUUUUUUUUUCCUUUGCAUUGGUGAUGUCGACAUGGCACGUCAAUAAGACUUGAUGAAUGAUAAGGCGCUGUAUGUUUGCUGACUAUUUAAAAAUAUAUAUAUAAAUAUAUAUUGAUAAAGACUCGUUGCCUCACACACUCAGCACCUGACUGGCUGUUUUAAGUUGUGUAACCUAUUUGUACAGUAUUUUAACAGAUGAAGCGGGGUAGAAGUCCCUCAGUAAAGGAGAAGUGUGCCUCUAAUCUGGGUGUAAAGUGUCUGUUUGGUCAUAUGAACAUGAGGGAAGAAACCCGGGGCGCCAUGACUCGGAAAAAUCCCUACAAGACCGGAGGAAUGGCGCUGCAUACACAGCUCUUCGAUAAUCGUCGCUAAACUAUAAAGGUUUCACAUUAAUUUCCUCACCAUGGCAGCCAAGUCAUCUCUACUAAAGGUGAUCCUGCUUGGGGACGGUGGCGUGGGCAAAUCGUCCCUCAUGAACCGCUACGUGUCGGACAAGUUUGACGCGCACCUCUUCCACACCAUCGGCGUCGAAUUCCUCAACAAAGAGCUGGAGGUGGACGGGCGGCGCGUGACCCUGCAGAUUUGGGACACUGCCGGUCAGGAGCGCUUCCGCAGCCUGCGCACACCAUUCUACCGCGGCUCCGACUGCUGCCUCCUCACAUUCGGCGUGGACGACACACAAAGCUUCCUCAACCUCGGGCACUGGAGGAAGGAGUUUGCCUACUACGCUGACGUGAAGGAGCCUGAGAGCUUCCCUUUCAUCAUUCUCGGCAAUAAAGUGGAUGUGUUGGAGCGGCAGGUCACCACCGAAGAGGCGCAGAGGUGGUGUUACGAUAACGGCGGCCACUCGUAUUUCGAAACUAGUGCCAAGGACGCAACAAACGUCGCCGAGGCUUUUGAAGAGGCUGCAAGGCGUGUGUUGGCACUGGAGGAUCGUCAAGCACACGUCAUGCCCUCAGAUGUUGUGGAUUUGCGCAGGAAGCCACGCUCUGGCAGUCGCUGUUGUUUGUAACAACUAGAUGUUCUGGCAAAGUCAGUCCACUGAUCAUUUAAAUCUGCCUAAUAGACUUUUAAGGACUUACUGGAGCUGUGCUCUAUUAGUCUUUCAAGGUGUUUAGUCAUUCAGGGCAUAUUGAGCGUCUAGUAGUAGUAAGUCAAAGCGGUUUGGACUUUAGUUAUAAUCGUUAAAAAUAUUGGACCACUUGUUGGUUCUGGUCUGUGAAAUCAUCUGAGAAUCAUUGUCUUAAAUUCUGUUGAAGGCUCUUGCGUGAGUGUUGAAACACGUUCAGCGUUAUUACACAAACGGCUUUGAUUAACUGCUAUUACGUUCAAAAUGACCCAGAUUGCCGAAAACCUUCACAGAUUAUUGGAGCCUCUGGCUGGCAGGUGGUGCUAGUGUGCAGGAAUAUCUGUAGCGCCAAGCCAAUAAGUCCUGCAGUUUUUGCAUUAGAGGCCUUUUUCAGGCCAGUGAAAUGUUGUGCACUCACGGGGAAUAGAGUUUAAUGUACACCAUACCAGUCAAAGUUUUGAGUACACUGAAUUGAAACAAAGUUUUGAAACUAUUAAAUGUGUCCUUAACCACUUACUAUCUCACUAUGUGAUGUGUUUUGAUUUAAUCCCUUAUUUAGACAUGAGUUGCAUUUGCGAAUUUUAAAUGACUGCGCAAAUGUCGUAAGUAAAUGCAUUGAGAUGGAUGUUUAUGUUUAAGUACAUGUUGAUUAAUAGUCUGGGGGGGGGCAUUGGCCAAGUGCAUGGCCGUUUUCGAUUGAUCUAUGAGUUUGAUCCAUGUUUUCAGAUUUGAGAAAUAUGAUAUAAACCUCAUCAUGAGGGUGGGUUUCCAGGAAGUGUACUAAAAACAUUUUGACUGAACAUAUCAUUUGAGCACCAUAUUUAUUUUUUAUUUUUUUCUCCACAGUGCCUUUUCUCAUGAUGGAUAAAUAUUCAGUUGGGCAGCUUUAAAAGAAACUUGAAAGAACACUAGUGGAAAAUGAAACACUCCUGUGCACUGAUUUUAGCAUCAUCCACUUAAUGUGGCUGCAUUACACAAAUAAACAGUCUGACGACUCUAACACAUGACAACACAUAAUAAUAACUGCCCAACUGCGAUGACGUGUCAGAUCUACACUUAAGAACUUAUAAUGUGUAUGUGCAGGACUUGGUUUUUCAUUCAGUAGGAUCAGGAUGUAACGCUUACUUUGUGUCACAUGACCCCAUGAAAAAACCCUGCUUUAGCACCUUUCGUUUGCCCCCCCCCCCCCCAACACAAAACACUCAGUCCUUUAUGCAUAUAUCUGUGCUGUUUUUUUAUAAAAGGGCAAUGAUUUCAUUUUAACUACACAUUAGGAAGGCCUUACCUAUUUACAUCUAGAUUGUAUCAUACUUUUUACUAUUAUGAUUUUACUAAGUAAGUAUGUUGGUCCUAAUGAAACAGCAAUCACUUUUAAUUUAACAGGUGAAUGUUGCCAUUUUCGAACUUAAUUUAUUGCAAAUUGGUAUGAUUUGUUUUUCCUCUUAGCUGCACAACUAAGAAUAUUUUGGGUUGUUUUUUUUUCUGAAUUAAUAUCUGUUGUGGAAUCUAUUUCUAGUUUCUGUCAGUAUGUUGCACAUAAAUAAGAGGCUGGAAAAUGUAUGCUUCCAAAAACAAGCUAUUCGUAAAUGUACACACUCAUCUCCAAGUCAUUUGUACCGUCAUGAACUUAACCUGCAAAAUCUCACUUAAAGUAUCGAAGCCAAAAUUGAAGCUCUAAAUGAGAUGUAUGUUUAUGUUUAAGGUGGUCCUUUAAUUGUUGUGUGAAUCUAAUUAAAAUCUAGGUCAACUCUUUUUGUUGUGAA